AUGAGGUACGAUGGAACGCAGGACCCCCUGGAGCAUCUAACGGCCUUCGAGGCCAGGAUGAACUUAGAAGGAGUAGGAGAUGAGGUAAGAUGUCGCUCUUUCCCGGUCACUCUGGCGGGGCCUACAAUACAGAUCGCAAAAGCCAAGCACCCGAUCAAUCUGUUAGGGGUGACCCAAAGAGCCGGGGAGCCGACCCGGAAAUACUUGGACCGCUUCAACGACGAAUGCUUGGAAAUUGACGGUUUGACGGACUCAGUGGCGAGUUUAUGCUUGACGAAUGGGCUCCUGAAUGAGGACUUCAGGAAGCACCUUACUACAAAGCCAGUAUGGACGAUGCAGGAGAUCCAGCGCGUAGCUAAGGAAUAUAUCAACGACGAGGAAGUAAGCCGGGUCGUGGCUGUCAAUAAACGGCAGCCCGCCUACAACCAAGAUCGGCACUACGAAGGCAGAGAGAAACCAAAGGAACACGUCAGAAACGGCGACCCAACCAAAGCCUCGAAGCCAUUCCCCCGAAUAGGAAAAUUCACCAAUUACACCCCCCUCACGGCACCGAUCACAGAAGUCUACCAACAGAUAGCAGAGAAGGGGAUACUGACGAAAUCCCGACCUCUGAAGGGCAGGACGGGUGGAGACAAGAGCCUCUACUGCGAAUAUCAUAAGGGAUACGGACACAGAACCCAAGACUGCUUCGACCUAAAAGACGCCCUAGAGCAGGCAAUCAGGGACGGAAAACUUGCCGAUUUCUCCCACCUUAUAAGGGAGCCAAGGAGACGCAAUCGGGAUCAUGAAGGCGAAGACAGCUCCCGGGCAGCAAGACAACGCCGAGAACCAGAGAGGGACGACCACGGUCUUACGGUGGUGAACGUAGUAACAGCGAGAAACUCCGCCCCAAGGUCGAAAUCAGCACAGAAAAAAGACGCCAAGGUCCUCGCAGUCUCCUCCUCGUCUGCCAGAAGUUCUCGGGUACUCCCAUCCAUCUCCUUUGGCCCCGAAGACCAGUGGUUCGACGAGAUACCGGAAAGUCCCCCCAUGGUCAUCACGGCCAGGGUCGGAACCGGCCUCGUCAAGCGGAUCCUGGUGGACACGGGGGCAGACUCGAACAUCAUGUUUCGAAAUGUCUUUGAUGCUCUGGGAUUACGAGAUACCGAUCUGGCAACCCACCAGCACGGUGUCGUAGGAUUGGGAGACCACUUCAUCAAGCCGGAUGGAAUCAUCUCGCUCCCGACCUCCGUGUGGCAAGGGCAAAGGCGAAGGACUGUGAUGGCCGAUUUUGUAAUCUUACGAGAUUCCACAGCUUACAACAUUAUCUUGGGAAGGAAAACCAUCAACGACCUGGGGCUGCCAUUAGUACGAAGCUGCUCGUGA